AUGUCAAAAACCGAGCGGUCCUUGUUGUCACGAUUUUUAUCGUCUCAAUUUAAGACGCUUCCAUACCCGGUUCAAAGUUUUCGAGGCCUCGUGGUAAUUGUCACUGGGGCAAACACGGGGCUGGGCCUGGAAGCUUCCCGUCAUUUUGUACGAUUAGGAGCGGCGAAAGUCAUAUUAGCCGUGCGUGAUGUUGAGAAAGGGAAAGCAGCACAGGACUCGAUUUCCUUAUCAACUGAAACAAAAAAUAGAACUGAAGUGUGGAGUCUCGACCUGGCAAGCUAUGAGAGCGUUAAGGAGUUUGCGCAACGAGCUGCAGGGCUUGACAGGCUUGAUGUUCUUGUGGCAAAUGGUGGCCUCUGCACAGAAACCUUCGAGCUAGCUGAAGGCAUGGAAAAGUCAUUUCUAGUCAACGUCGUGUCAACCUUUCUGUUGGUAUUUCUUUUACUACCCCAAUUAAGAAAGACUGCCACCGAAUUCCAGACAAGACCGCAUGUUGUUAUCGUAUCGAGCGAGGGCCAUGAGACUGCAACUUUUGACGAAGGAAAAUCUGAAUCAAUAUUGGCAGCGCUGAACGAUCAGUCUACGUCUAAUAUGGGCGAUAGAUACGACACAACCAAACUACUGCAGCUUUAUAGUAUGCGAGCAUUAUCCGAGCGUCUUGACCAGUCCGGCAAACCUCCAGUGACUGUCAAUGCCCUUACCCCAGGUUUGUGCCGCACCAGUUUGCUGAGAGAGUCUUCACCUAUGGCUCAGAUCAUAGCCGGGGCUAUAAAGUUCGUCGUUGCUCGAAGUGCAGAAAUGGGGAGUCGGACACUCGUUCACGCCGCUGAAGCACCCAGCGACAGCCAUGGGAAAUAUCUACGUGAUUGUGAAAUAACACCGCCCGCUAUUUUCGUAGACAGUGCCGAGGGGAAAGAAACACAGGAAAGGUUUUUCGUAGAGCUUAUUGGAAGACUUGAAAAGAUUUCACCUGGACUAGCUGCAAAUAUUUGA